AUGGUGGUGUUCAGGUGGGGAUGGCGUGCACGGUGGGGCAGUCACCGUGCGCGUGGCGGGCGACGUGCCGGCGCUGCCCGGGGGCCUACAGCGUGGCGGGCCCCAUGUGGGCGGCAGCACUGGGCGGCUGCGAGUGGCUCGAGUCGUGGAAGCUGGGCCGAACGCUCGACGACGCCGUGCUCGACCUGGUGCGCCGCCUGGCCGACGCGCCGCUGCCGGACCCGCCGCCCAUUCUCAGAGCGCUGCUCGGACACACGCUCGACGAGGUGCUGCUUCGAGGACUUACAGCGCUAUACAGCUUGCUUGGAUGUGAAGAUCAAGAGCAGCAACCAGAUGGCGGGAGCGACGGCGCAGCUGUGUCUGCCACGUGGCUGGCCGCACAGUACCAGCAGCUGGCUGAUGACGAGAAGCGCCUGGGGGCAGACAACCCUAGCAUACGAGAGCGCCAGGCCACGCUGA